AGAAGUGUGCGCUGCCCCAGUAGACCGCUUUGGAAGGAGUACAGAGGUAACGUCAAGGAUUUUGCGCCCAGUAACAAUGUAACAAACUAUUUUGUGCACUUAUAAUCUGUCCACAAAAUCCUAGUGUUUGUUAACUGUUUGGAGUAUCAUCAGGUAAAUCAUGGCAAAAGUUUUCAGUGAGCGCCUCUCCUUGGAGCGCAGAAUACGCACGGCCGUUUUGGCACUACUGCUUUGCGCACAGGCCGGUGUUGGCUUCUCAGUCGCCGGGCAGCAAGAGAGCACUUGCGAGGCCAACGGCAGCAUAUACUACGUGGGGGAAUGGUAUUUUCUGGACUCUGAUCACUGCACCCAGUGUGAGUGCACCGCUGAGGGCUCCGCGUGUGCCCGCACUGAGUGCACCUCUCUCCCGGCUGCAUGCAUCCAUGUCAGCCACUACCCCACCGACUGCUGCCCCAGGUGCGAGAAGAUCGGGUGUGAGUACCGAGGAGUGGUGUACGAGCUGGGGCAGAACUUCCAGCCAUCAGAAUGUGAGCAGUGCACUUGUGACAGUGAUGGCAUCGCCCGCUGUCUAGUUGCAGAUUGUGCCCCUCCACCAUGUGUCAACCCUGUCUACCAGCCUGGGAAAUGCUGCCCUGAAUGCAAGGAGGGUCCAAACUGCUACGCUGAUGCAUCACGCAGCCAGGUGAUUCCUGCAGGAGAGCCUGUCUGGGUUGACUCCUGCACCAAAUGUCGUUGUCAUGAUGGCCAGGAUGCAGGCUACUGGGAGGGAAACCGUGUCGCCACCUGUUCCCGCCUCAAAAACUGUACCCCCGAACAAGCAUCCACCCAGCAAAACUGAUUCUCUCUGCUCUGGUUCUCUCUGGUAUCUUAAAAUCACAAUCCUUGAUGGCUGAUCAGCUAUACACCAUCCAUCCUUACUGACGUGCUACACCCUCCUGUGCCUCAGAAAAUGUCAGCGGUCUGACCAAACAUAAAGGAUCGUCUGCAGCAACAAAAAAUCUACUUCUUGGGAACAGAAUUUAGCAAGAACCAAAGAAGGUAUUUUAAAAAUGCCACAGGCCAUCAGAGCAGAUCAGCUACCAAUCCACAAGGAUUAUGCAUCCAACAUUUCUGCUACUGUGGUGAAACCCAUUGAAUUUGUCAUUUUGGUGGACAUUGCCGGCCCAUCAUCAGGCCUUACUUGCUCUGCAUAUCAUAAAGAAGGACAAAAUUAUGAAAAGGACAGAUAAGACUUCAAUCGUGUCAGCUGAGAAGAUAAAUUCUAGUCCUUGAAAACAACUGCAAACAGUAAAAUUAGGAAGGAAAACAGGACUAAAACUCUAUACACUUAAAAAUAUAGACUACAGUUUUGAUGCUUGUUUUAGUAGAACCUCAAACACCCACAAAUGUUGUUCCUAAUGUCUUUACUUCUACCUAGGAAUCCAAAUCUGACAGGAACCAGAAAAAAACUAGACCUUUGAAAAUGGAGCCCACCAUCGAUAUUUUAUGUUUAAUCUACUUGUACACCAUUUCUUCAAAAAGGUUAACUAGAUUCAGUUUUUUUUUUUAAAUACAUGUUUUUGGACAUUUUUUACUUUAAUGGAGAGCUGAUAGUGGAGAAGCAGACUGGAAUUAAGGGGAGAGAGUGAGGGGUAUGAAAUGCAACAAGGGGAGGUGAACCGGGGACGUUGGAGUUAUGUGACAUACGCUGUAACCAUUCGGGUCCCAGGGCGCUCCAUCUGUUUGUUAUUUGAGAGAAAGUAGUGAGCUUUAAUAAACCUUACUUACCCAGAAGGUUUUUUUUUUUUUAAUUUUAAGACACCUGCUUUGGGAAACGACUAGCAACAUAACAAAGCCAAUGAGAUUAUUGGAUGAUAAGACAGUGUAAUUGACCUGUCACAGACUGAUGCAGCACCAAAAUGUAUGCACAGCGGUGAUGUAAUAUAGACUAGGAAAUGGCUUAGCAAAGCAAUAAACGAUUUUGUAACUGUUCUAUAAAUUUUGUUCUUCAAUUUCUAUGCUAAUUGAAGUAUAAUGUAGGUGACUAUGGCCUAACAUAUGACUGUACAGUAGCUGUAGACACAGGCAGUAUUUGAAAACAGGGUUUCAUUUAAUAGACAGCUACUUGUGCAUGUACACUGUAGAGCAGGAAAACCAAUCUGUAAUUUACUGCUUCAUUUUUUCACAAGAAAGAAUGUGUAGCCUUUCAUGAAAACAACCUUUCUUCUAAUUUCCACUAUUAUCAAAGUGUACAGUUACCAUUUACCGUUUUUAAAAAUCAAAGUGUAAGAUGAAAUGUAGCAUGAAGUUCAUAUCGUUCAUAUGCAGUCGCCCUUCAUACAUAGUUAUUUGUCAUCAUCUAUCACUUGAAUCAUGAGGGACCUCUGUAUGAAAACCAAAAGUAAUUAUGUGUUAUUUUAUGUUUAUGUGCAGUACUGCUGCUGCAUGAAGUAUACCAUAACUGACAAGCUGACACCACUGUUUCACUACUGUAAUUAUUCUCCCUGAGUCUUGGAAUUAAGCUUAAACUUUAAGGUUUAUGAACCCCUGUCAAAUUAAUUCCUGAUAAUGAUAACAAACCAAUGUAAAGUGCAGUUACAAUUGACUAACUGAAACAAAAGGGAACUGAUGUCGAUCACACCACCAAAUCAUGCUGUGUAAUACUACAUGUACUGUAAAAUAUUCCAAAUUAAAUCACCUUUCCAUGUCCAUUAAA